UCACACUUAUCGCUUGUUGCAAUUUACGUGUUUUCACCUUAACGCUGUUUUUAACGCAAGCGAACCUAUUGCCGUUAUUAAUUUGAAGAGGGAAAACCGGAACAAUUUUCACAGGCACAAUGCGAAUCGAAGCAGAGGACUCUUUUUGGUUGGAGAAGGCGGUAUAUUGCAAUGCAGAGAGGAACUACUAUGAAACGCUCAAUCGGCGGAAAACCAGUCUUCCCGUCCCCGCCCCCCUAAAAGCGCCCGGCCCAGCCUCCAUCAUAUCCGCACCCAAUAUAUCCGCUCCCGCAAAGAAGGCCAAAAAGAAAAACAAGACGAUGUCCGAGAGGGAGACGCCAAAACAACUGCUUUACAUGAAUCCUCUGACUAUGGAGGCGAGUUUUUUCCUUGAGACCUUAAACUCUGUAAAUCAGAAAAGUAAUCCACCACAGUUGGAUCCGCAUUUGGCCAAACUACUGGAGCUCAUUGUGGUGGGCAUCGAAAACUACAUGGACAGGAACCCCACCUACGUUCUUCCCCAGGAAAAGGCUGCCCCGGGUGAGGGCGUGGUGUUUGUUCAGCCCAAGGAAUUACAGACCAUCAAACGCACAUUCAACUGCAGUGUCUGUAGUAACCGUAUCGUGGGCACUACCAUCGCAAAGGCCGUAUCUCACCUUUCGGAACAGCAUCCAAAUCCAAACCCCAACAACCAGCCAGUGCAGUCAGUGCAGCCACCGCAGGCAACUAAGCAGAAUAAGCAGGAUAAAAAACAGGCACUGGUUAAGGCUCGUCAACAAAUGACUGUGCAGCUGCCCAAGAAGGCCAAGGCAAUGAUUGUGGGGGAAAUAACAAAUGUUUUUAAGGACAAAUACCCCAUAGCAGACAAGUUAAAGGUGAUUCCAGAGUACGAUGUAAUCGAACAGGAUCUUUGCAAGCUUCUAGCUCCGGGCUUUCCCAAGCAACCACUUCGCGUUUAUAAGUUCGGCUCUCGCAUUACCGGCAUUGGGUCGCGUUCUUCUGAUCUGGACGUCUUUGUUGACAUUGGCAAUACUUUUCAUACGUUCGAGCACCGAGCUUCAAAUGCGACAAUUACUAAGCUGCGGUCUAUGCGAAAGUACUUCUUCGGCAGCGAUGACUGGCGCAUUAUUAACGUUAUUGAGCAGGCUCGCGUUCCCAUCAUCAAGACCUGCCAUUUGCCCACAGGAAUUGAAUGCGACAUUUGCUUGAACAGCUUGGGCUUCUGUAACACAAAUCUGCUGAAAUACAUAUUCGAGUCACAGCCAAUUACUCAAUACAUGUGCAUAUAUGUAAAGAACUGGCUGGAGCGGUGCAAGCUGACAGAACAGAUAUCGACGUACAGCAUCACCCUGAUGGUUAUCUACUUCUUGCAACUCCAGGGCCUGUUGCCAUCCAUAGCCAUUCUGCAAGUGGAAGAGAUCGCCAAUCAGGGAGUUCUCGUGGGGCCGUGGGUUGUCAACUUCGCGCAGAAAUCGCUUAACGAGCUAGGCCUGAAGCAAAUAAAUGUGACUGUGCCCGUAGUAAAGGGCUAUCUUAGCACGUUCUUCGCAUUCUAUGCCAAAUUUGACUACGAACAUUUCCUAGUCUGCCCAUAUUUUGGUCAUAGUAACGCUGAGAUACAGAAACUUGAGAAGACCCUGCCUAAUAGGUAUUCAGCAUAUGUAUCAGAGAACGCUGACUGCUCGCUCCAGCUACGAAAACCAAUGGUGGUCCAGGACCCCAUUCAGCUCAAUCAUAAUGUUACUAAAGCGGUGACCAAGUACGGAUUGCAAACUUUUGUAGACUACUGCCAGCAGACAGCCGAACUACUGAAGGAGCCGACGACUAAUUGGCGCGAGCGCAGUGCAUAACUACGUUAAGCCCCUGAUCAUUGUUUCCCUCCCUCCAAUCUCAAGGCACGUUCGUCGCUGGUCUGAUUAGUUUUCACUUUGUGUGUGGUGGAUGCCUAUUAAGGUUUCUUUCAGCUGUAAAUUAUUGGCGUUCUACAAGUCUCGACAAUAUACAACACACAAAGUAUA